AUGUAUUAUUCCUUUGACAAUGCUCUUGGGUUCUCAAAGGGCUUUUAUUCAGCCUCAGUUACCUUUCAUUUCAUUCACAGUUCUAUUAGGUCCUCAUCUUCUGCUUCUCACAGUACAUAUACUGAGAUGGUAACAUGGCACUGCCAGUCAUCAGUAUGGUUAGUAACUCCAGUUGUCUAUGAAGCAUCCCGUCUGUUGCAACUAACGAGGGGGCUAAAGCUUGGUGUUGAGCUUGGUACACCGUUAUGGACGGUGCUUACUAUUAAAGGGCUUGGCAUGUGGAUGGGUGCUUGUUCUUGGAAUGCAGCUCACGAGGGUCGUUUGGUACACUGGUUUUACUGA